GUAGCGCGCACCCCACAUGUGCCCCGGUUCUGAACCACCAGGAGAACAUCAGUACACUUGGCCACACGCAGCAUGGGGGUGUGGCUGUUCCUGUGUGUUGUGGGCUAUGGGGCCCUGUGGGUGUUACUGGACACUGUGAAAUGCAAUUCUGAUCGAGACGGGAGGUGUUGUGACGGGGAAGAGGCCGGCCCGUGCUCCCUGCUCAUGUGUCAGCAUCUGUCAGCAUCUGUCAGCCUCUCAGGCGCCGCCACACGGGUCCUAAGGACGUCAGCUCAGGCCACCAGGAAGGUCACAUCUGUACAGAUGGAGGACACAAAGAAUCAGAGGGUACUCUUGGCACUGGACUUCGACCAUACCAUCAUUGACAAUAAUAGUGACACAUACAUAUAUAAGUUAGCCCCGAACCACAAGAUUCCAGAUGACCUUAAAUUGCUAUAUCGAAAAGACAACUGGACGCAUUAUAUGGGAGAAGUGUUCAAGUUUCUGCAUGAAAAUGGUGUUACAAAAGAAAAGAUUUUUAAUUGUUUAAAGGAGAUAAGACUAACAGAUGGCAUGAAGGAGUUGUUGACUGGUGUUCCAAGUGAUUUAACCGAAUUUAUCAUUAUAUCAGAUGGCAAUUCUGUGUUCAUUGAUCACAUUCUCAAAUGCUGUGGGGUGAGGGACCUGUUCAGUAAGGUGUUCACAAAUCCUGCACAGUUUGAUGAGAAUGGUUGUCUGCACAUUCAAAUGUAUCAUCUGCAAGACUGGUGCACCUUGAGCACCAAGAAUCUCUGCAAGGGUGAAAUACUUGCAAAUUACAUCAAAGAACGUGAAAAUGAUAACGUCACAUUUUCAACCAUUGCAUAUGUGGGCGAUGGUACAAAUGACUUUUGUCCCAGCUUACGACUAAAAGAAUGUGAUGUAGUUUUUCCUCGUUGUGGAUAUAACCUCCUGAACUACAUUCCAAAAAUGGAAGCCGAAAAAGGUAUGAAAAUUGAAGCAGAUGUUUGUCCUUGGGACUCUGGGAAAGAUGUCCUUGAGCGCUUAUUGCUGUGCUAUGAUGAGGCCAAUGUUUUACAAGUGCCAAAGCCAAGACUUAAACCCCCUAUACAAAAGCUUUGAAUAUUAAUCGAUACACGUUGUUCUCCAAGAUAAAUACAGGUAUUGUUAUACGUCAUGUGUUUUCUCAGUUACAUACUUAUUUCAUUUACUGUAUAGAUUUUUAUAAUGUGUUUUCAGUAGCAUUAUGGGUGAGACAAUUUAAAUACUGUAAUAUGGUCAAAUGUAUGAUAUUGAAUAGAGAUUUUGUUUCAGGUAUUUUAUGAUAGGGACAGAUAAGUGUUUAAUCAGCAUAUUAGAUUUUACCCCUCUACCCAACCCUGGGUCAACAUAUAUAUACUGUAUAUAUAUAUAUAUAUAAUUUUUUUAUUUGUCUUAUGGAAGUAAUUACAUUAUCCAAAGAAGGCACCAAGCCGGGAAGACUUUGUAGCAUUUGCCUUCUGGAAACAUAGGUAGGCUUGCAGCCUUUAUUAAAUUUUGUCUUGUACAGCUCCUCUGGUUACUCAAAGACCCCCAAACCCAAAAAUGUUUGUCGAGUUUGGUCAACAUAAGCUUGUCCCUCAAUAGAAUUCUUGAUGACUCGGAUACUUUUGAUAUUGUUCGCCUUGUGCAUUUCUGUUCUCGUAUUGGCAUCCUUGGUGAUAUUUAGCGCCCUCUGAUUAUCCCGCACAUUUGAUGGUGUUAUAUUGCCUUCCCGGUUUAGUGCCUUCUUUUGAUAAUUACUUACUUGGUCAACAUAAAACAAAAAGCUUGGUUUAGCUUGUGUUGUAGACCUAGUAAUAUGGUGUAUUUAUUUAGACUUCAUAAUGUAUCAGUUUCAUUUUUGUCAAGAAAAGUUUGCUUAAAUCUUAAUUUCAUUAAUAGCUUCUUUAAAGAAUUUACAUCUGUAUACUCAGGGACCAGUAAUAUUGAAAGUAGAACAUUCAAAGUCAGUCCUGUUGGUAUAAAAUUGCCAGGUAUAGGAGCUGGGGUUUCGACAACAACCACAAAAUGCCUAACCGAAAGUACAUAAUUACAAGACUCGGGGGAGGGUGGCACUUUGUGAUAGUAGAACUAGGAGCUAAUAUUUUGUUUGGUUUUUCAAACUUGUUUUUGCUUGCAUGAUUUGCACUGUUUUGAGCAAGAAGCAACUGCAAUUCCAGUGGUAUAUUUUGCUCAUCUACAUUCCUGUACUUUUCCUAAUACAAAGCAUUUCAAUCAUCUAAUUAUUAACGGCUUGUAUCCUCUGCUAAAUACUCAAAAUGUCUGUAUAAUUACCGCUUAUAAAAAUACAGUAGAUAGAAUACAGCAGGAAAUGUCAUAAUGCAACAGAAGUUAAGAGGUCAUGCCUGUGUAGAGGGAAAAAGAGCAGGUGUGAGAAGGGAGGGAGGGAAUUAUCAGGGGAAAGCGCCAAGCCAUUAGACUCUAUAGCACUUGGAAAGGAUCAGGAUAAGGAUUUGGGAUGGGACGGAGGAGGGGGGGGGAAAGAGAAGGAAUGGUAGACCGGUAUUUGAUAUAAUUGAAAUUUCAUGCAGCUUUGUUCGCUGUUGUUAGUCAUAAAUACUAAUUGCUGGAAAGUCUUAAGCAAAUUCACAUAUUAUAGCAAAUAUAUUAAAAAAUAUAUGAAUAUGAAUAAAAAUAUUUAAAUACUGAAAUUCACUGGCUACCAAGGUAAAAUAGUCAUGAUUUAGUAGGACUGUAGAGUGAAACAGCAGUGUUGUCGGUACUUUGUGCGCGUUGUUCAGCUCGCACAAAGUACCAUAUUGAAUCCUUAGUGGAAUGGUACAGUCAAUCACCGUGUAGAUGUGACUUGCCAUUAUAUUGGGGAAAAUAGUAAGAGAAAAUAUGCCAGGCAGCUAAGAUGUAUGAAGAUGGUGGAUUCAAUGAAAAGAUGUUAACUACUAAUUCAGAUUUAUGUAUUGUAUAUAUUGUACACUCUACUGUGUGUAUAUUUCAUGUAAUAGUGUAAGUAAAAAUUAAUUGGUCAACUGAAGCUCUGUAUUUUGGUAUGCAAUGUUGAGUACUAAUACAAGUGUUCAUUCUGCUAGAUUUUCUAAGAGCAAAGAAAUUGUGGUUGAUAUAUUAUUUUGCAAUAAAGACUUUUGGAAAAAGGUUGAUGUGCAGGUCACUGUUUAUAGCAUAAAAAGUACUUAAUAUAGACAUAAAUUAAUACAACAAUUAUUACAGUAUUCUAACUUAUAUAACCAAUGUAAUAUGUUUGCAGUAAACUUUAUCUUUAAUGGCAGGUUGAUAAAAGAAUGGCAUCAUUAACUGUUCAUAACAUUAAAAUAAAUCUGACAUGGUUUAGUGAAGUAUUGUAUAGGAAAAACAAAUUAUCAUAUUUUGGGUUGUUGCUUCUGCUCAGUACAAGUACAGGUUGUGUCUUACAGCUUUCCCAAGUGAUAUUUUGUAAUUUUUUGUAGUUUCCACUCUGGAUGUACUAUGUAAAACUUACAAAAUAUCUAUUUAAAUGUUUAAGGUUUAACAUUAUCAGUACAUAUACAGUACUGUAUAUGUUGUUGUAUGGAACAUAUAAAUGUUGCAAUGUGUUGUAUAAAACUUAAUGUCUCGUGCUAAAGUGGUUUGUUAAGGACUUUUUUUUUUUUUUUUUUUUUUAAACACCGACAGAGCUGCAUUGUCUCAGUUGCUCACCACCUUGUACAAUCUCCAGAUUUUCAGGAAUAUUCAAAACUUCUGCUUUCCUACUAAUACUUUGAGUCAUAUGUCCCUUGCUACAGUCCUUGGUGAAUUUGACCUUUUUGUCAUUGCUCAUCUUGUCUUUCUGUUCUUAGAUAGGCAUUCUGAAUAUCAUCUUGAAACCUUUGAAUAUUAUGUUACAGCAGCCAGUGCUACCUAGCUUUUGGAAUUGCAUUUUUUUUUAUAUAUACAGUACUUGGCAGUCCUUACUACUUAAAAGAAUAAUGUGUGAAAUAAUUUCUCAAUAUUUGUAAUUCGGCAUAACUUGAUUAUUAACGUGAGAGUACAAUACUGCAUUGUAUUAUUAUAUGAUGAUACAGUAUAUGUGCUAAACUCAUUUGCUGAAUAAUGGUUCCAUAAAUACUACUAGUAUUAAUUCUUCUUGCAAUGUACCUGGAUUAGCAACAUGAAACAAAUGCAUGGAUAUCGUGCAUGUCGGUAAGCUCAACAAUAUUCUAUAAUGAACUUGUUUUAUUUUAUCAUCUUGGUAUGUACUUUUGAUUUGUGAAUCAAUUGUAAAUAACAUUAUUUUUCCAUUAUUGUGUGCAGUAAUUGUGUACACUCUUUAAUAUUUAUUGUGUAAUACAGUACAACUUUCAAGUAAUGCAGCUCAUUUUUUCAAAGCCUAUGUACUUGUAUGUUUAUGCAGAACUUGUAAAUACCGGCUGUACAACAUUGUUAGAAUAAAAGAUGGUUACAAUAA